UCCCCGGUUCACUGACAUCCCUUCAAUCGAAAAAGCAAAAGAAUAUAAUGAAUCUUUUAAACUAUGGGCAAUUCAUCAAGUAUCAGUGAAUCUGAGGACGCACCAGAAACAAAAAAAAUGGAUGAAAAUUCUGAUUCUGAAGAUACAGGAGACAAAGAAACUCCAGCAGUUAGAGAUUUAAAUGAGUUGUUCGAUCACUCAGCAUUGAGGAAUCUUGUCUCAAAAUUCAAGGAAGAAAUAACAGAGAAUGUAUUACAGCAGUACAGAACACAGAUUCUACGAUGGCUGGAUGAUAAGGAUAGCAAACAAGAGGAAACAAUAUCUAUUGCUCAGUUCUGUGAUUGGUUGAUGACAAAAAGUGUGUCCAGGGAUGAUGCUAUUAAGACUUUCCAGCAGUUUGACACAGAUGGCAGUGGUGUUGUGGAGACUUCAACAAUGAUAGAAACAGUCAAGUCUAUGAGUGGUCCUAACUUACAGGGAGAAUUAGGGAGGAGUAUUCGUAUGAUGCAGGCAUGCUCACUUACGCCAGGUUUCGUGGAUGUGUAUGCUGGAGAUAAAAACGCUGUUAAACAACAUGCAGAAAAAAUACUCAAGUAUUUAUUACGUAACAGAUGCCCGAGUUCCUUUCUACCAUUCCCUCUGCUGAAUGGCUUCAAUAACACAGCCAACAUGAGAGCAUCUGUUCUCAAACAUGUCUUCAAAAAUAUCAAGGAGAGCGGUCCUUCUUUCACUCAAGAAGGUGUAUUGGGAUCUGGUGAAGAGUUAAGAACAAUCAGUCCUUGUCAUAGUAAUAUUGAAGUCUCGUCUAACUCAUCAGAAUCUUACAGGUUAACCAAUGGCGACCCUAACACAUACUGGCAGUCAGAUGGUACAGCUAGGUCACACUGGAUCAGAUUACAUACGAAGACAAAUGUUGUGAUAAAGACUUUAUCCGUAGCAGUGGCUUCCUCUGACUCUAGUUAUAUGCCAGAACUUAUACAUAUUGUUGCUGGGAAAAACUUCAGGAGCCUUAGACAACUCAAAGAAAUUAGGAUUCCCAGUCAUGUGACAGGUGAUGUUGUCUUGUUGAAGAACUGUAAGAUUUAUUACCCAAUCAUACAGAUAAACAUAAAGAGAUGUAGAAAUGAUGGCUGUGAUACCAGGAUUCAUGGAAUCAAAACUGUGGGGUACAAAGUAAUGAAGGAAUUAGGUAUAAAUGUUGGAGAUGCAGCAGCUGUAUGGUACAUUCAGAUUCUAGCCUCUACAGUAACCAUGACAUUACCACUCAAUCCACAACUCAGACCAAUGGUACUAGAACAUACAAGGAGAGCUUUAGAUAACAUACCACCAUUGUCAUUGUGUCCUGCCAGUACAGAGAGACCAAAGUUUUUAUCUAAAUAUGUUCUACAGGAGGUGGAGAAGUUUGUCACAGAUAUAGCUCUUAAUGAUGGAGAAGUUGUUCAGGAAGGAUUACAUAUGCUCCUAUCCUUCAAUCUAGCCAGAGGAAAUGUGGGGGGAAUACUCAGGACCUUAAAACUUCUUCAAGAAUUCCCAGAAACAAAUUUGCCGUGUUCAGAAUUAUUGAGAAAGAUGUUACAGGCCAGAGAUUCAUGUUGGGAAAAAUCAGGGCACCAGUUAGCAGUGACAAUACUUGGUACGGAUGGAGGGAAAUCUGAUGAUAAUUCAGGACCAGAAAAUCUACUCAAUCAUACAUGGACUUCAUUGCCUGUAGAAGCAUUUUAUACAACAGAGGAAGGGAAAACAAAGUGUAACAUUAUAUUUAAAAGUACAGAGUUUAUACAGAUCACUAGGAUUAGACUGAAGAAUGCACAAGGUAGUAAAGGAGUUAGACGAGGACUUUUAUUUGUUUAUAGGGACAGCACUGAGAAAUUUAACAUGGAAGAGCAUGCCAAAAGAUUUGAGAGUUAUGAUGACUGGGGGAAAAUGGAGUAUGAUUUCAGUGUACAAGUCAGGGGAGCAGGUAUAGCAGGCAAACCAGACAAUCCUGUGGCCUAUUUUACAUUUGAAGAUGAUUGCAAUGAAAUAGACAUCCCAGUUACUUGGCAUCCUGUUGGGCAGUAUAUCCUGAUAAAGCUGUUAGAACCUCGACAAGAGAAGGAAACAAAGCUGUCAGUAGCUGGGGUCAGAUUUUAUGGAUUUCCUAGAAAACAAGUUUUGAUAGAUGAGGAAGUGUCUGUGAAGCAUCCUCCAAACCCUGACAAGAAACCAAACUGUAACAGUUUAGAGAUUAUACAACAUGUAUUAGAGUUCAUAGUUGAUCUAGCACAGGAUCAGGUGAAGAAAGGUAUUUCCUCAGGGAAGUCAGAUUACUUGGAGUUUGGAGAUACACCUAUAGAUACCUUGUGGGAACUAUAUACUGCUUUCAGAGAUAAUGACCAAGAGAAAUGGCAGAGUUGUGCUAUUUUGAUGUUACAGUUGAUGUAUUGUCUUCUGCCAGUGUCGUCUGCUCCAGAGGGAGAGAAAAAGAAAUGUGCAGAGGAGAUGUUUGAACAUUUCUGUAAAGUAAUCGAUGACUCUGCAGUAGUUAAGACUAGUAAGAAAUACAGAUUAUGUAAACAGCUAAUUGUAGAGGGUGCAGCGAUGUUUUUCCCAGACAAAGAUGCCAGAAGAAAACAGCUGUUUUCAAUGAUGCACCAUGUUGAGAAUUUGUCUAAGUCUCCAUCUGUGAUGUUAGUAUUCCAGUCUUUGUGUAGAUUUUUCAGCUCUGUAGAUCCCAGUGGUUUGUUAGAACUUCCAAACCAUGUCAAAGAGGACUACAAUUCUCAGGCUGUGUUAGAUAUAAUGGAGACCAUGCUUUCUGUGACCUACCAUGAGUUUACAGAUACGUUAGAUACAGGGGAGUGUCAUGAACAAGUGAUACACCUCCUGGAGCUGGUAUGUUCAUUACAGACCAGUCUACUAUCAUGGUGCUGGUCACACAUGUUAGAGGAAGAGACUCGAACAGACCUACAGAAAGAAAAAGUCAUAGAAAUAGCAUACCAGUAUGCCAUGUCUGUUGCUAAGAAAGGAACAAAUGCUUGUAAACUGUUGUUAAAACAGUCAAAGGAGAAACUGAUGGAGUUUUUCAAGAUUCCAAACUCUUCCUUCCUUGGAAACAUUAUCAGACAGUUGAUAAUGAUGCUGACCUACAUCUGUGAUUAUUGUGGAUCAACAGCUAGGGUGGUGCUAAUUCACAGUUUCCAACAUCUUGUCCUUGACCUCAAUGACCUUGCUAAAAUGCUUCCUGAAAUAUUUCCAAAUAUAACAAGUGAUCAUUGGUCAACUGUCCAGACAGAUGACAUUGUACUAAGGACAUGGGAAGUGGAGUCAUCACAUAGUUACCAUAACAAUGAACAUGAAACACAGGUAUUCAGUUGUCCAGGAGCUAACAGAUUCAUCAUAGAUUUUGAUCCAAGAUGUGAAACAGAAAGAAGGUAUGACUACUUGAUGUUUACUGAUGCUACUGGUUACCAGAUGAAGUUUGAUCAGCGGGUUGGCUCUAACAAAUGGCCAAGACAAGUCCAGUUUACAGGGCCACAUGUUCACUUCCUGUUUCAUUCUGAUAACAGUAAUACAGAAUGGGGAUAUAAAUUUAAAGUGACAGCUAGAGGAAGUCCUGAUGUACCUUUAUCAUGGCCUUUUGACUUACAGCUUAGUCUAACAAAAUUAAUGGGUCGUCUGUGUGGAGCAACCUUAGCUUCCAACUCACAGGCUGUUAAGACCUUGGCUAUUGGCCCAGAGGACACUGCUGAACAAGAUGUGUUACGGAGUGAACUCUGGACAACUCUGUUUAGAGGGGGAUAUAUGAUAGGAAAACUUCAACACUCAUUGUCAGGAAAAUUUCAAGCAGAAUCAUCAGGAAGUGUGCUAGAGUUUCUGUUGGAAGUAAUUGACAGGAAAGAAGGGGCUCCACUCAGGCUUAUUGAAAAGUGUCGAGACCAUAACAAAGGACUACAAGUUGGAGGAGAAACUAUAGAGAAUGCUGUCAUUGCAGUGUUUACUUCCCUUAUAUGGCAUACACAACAACUCAGAGAAGAUUUACAGAAAUAUAUAGCUGUAUCCAUUGGAGACCAUUGUGUAUCAGACGGUAUAUUACAUGCUUAUUCCACAGCUGAGUCCAUCAGAAUGCAAUUGCUACAACUUAAACAGAAAAUAGCUGCAGCAGAAAAAGAAGAAGAAAAUGACGAGGAACCUGCAUUGGUAUGUAAAGAUAAGGCUAUGUACCUGUUGAAGUUUGCUGGUUUAACAAAGAUCCAGUUAAAAAAUGAGAUGAGAUCUAAAGCAGCAAAGCAGUGGAAGAAACUUUCUAACAAGAAAAAUGAAAAAAUUAAGCUGGAUGUCACAGACAAAUACCCAUCCUUUAGACUGGUGUUAGAAUUUGUACAGGAUCCAGCAUGGACCACAGAAAGAGUGAAUAGAAUGAUUCAGGAGAGAGUAAACCAUGCCAAAGCUGUAUCAGAUGUUUAUUCCUUUACAGCAGAAUUCCUCAGGAUUCACUGUCUAUCUGUCUCAAAUGGAAUUUUUCAGAUACCAGCUGUGCUAUUCUUCCAAGAAUUAUUGUCCUAUCAGGAUGGCUUUGCUAAACACUAUGCUGAUGGAUUAGAUGGUUGUGGUUUACAACAAGAGGCUAAGGUCAGACAAGCUUAUUACCAGCUGAUCAGAAGAUUGUCUGAACCCUUUCAUAAUCUACACAAGCAUGAGUUAGACAAGAAGAUAAUGCCAGCUUAUGAGUUCAUUCAAGCAUGUCUGUUACAUCUGCUAGAUAUGGAAUGGCAGGCCUAUGAUCUGACAUUUGUUACAGAAACUAAGUUACCCUCUCUGUACUUAGAUGUAGCUAAAGAAACCGUAAAGAUGAGGGAUUGUAUGGUAGACCAUCAGGACGAGGACAAUCAGUUGAAGGAGUAUGAGAAGUUUAUCAAGUGGUUUGAGGACUGCUCCUCUGGCUUUGAGGAGUGGUAUGAAAAAAACAAAGUGGAUGAUCCAAAAUUUAAAGAGGAAAAAAGGCAAGUUCAGAUGUUUGUUGCACGGUUUUGUGACCUACUUGAGGUGGAGAUAUCUUGUGAUGGUUGUGGUGUGACACUACCUGGCAGAAGAUACAGAUGUUUACAGUGUAGUGAUAUGGAUCUUUGUGCCACAUGUUUUGCUGGGGGAGUAAAGCCAGAAGGUGAUCAUACAGAUGACCAUGAAUUUGUUCAUCUGGUAUAUAAGUGUAACAUGUGCCAAGCCUUUAUAGUGGGUACCAGAAUACAUUGUAACCAGUGUGAAGAUUUUGACCUUUGUAUUGGCUGUCAUAACAAAGGAUCUUUUCCAAAAGAACACAAUACUGAUCAUGAUAUAACAAAGUUUCCAAUGAUUAAAUUAAAGACAUCCCAAAGUUCUGACUCUAUGAUACAAGCCUACAUACACCAACAUGUAUGGCUGCUGUUUACAGUACAAGCUUUAGCUACAGGUGAUAUAAUCCAUAAUAAUAAUCAGUAUCCUGACCCAGAUUAUAUCAAGUUAGCAGCCCAGUUACAGAGUCAGUGUAUAGAUGCUGUCACUCACUGUCUUCAACAAGUACCAGAUGAUGCUGAAGAUGGAAGUAAAGAUAUCUUACAGGAAGGGAGGUCACUAGAACAGCGACAAGAGGAAGCUUUUGCAAUUCACUCCCAGGAGAGGGUUAUGGGAUUACUUGGAGCUAUGAUACCAGCAGAUUCAAAGAGUACACUUCCAGGUGUGACGUUUAAUUUCUCAACAGUUGAGUUUAUACAGUUACUCUUCAAAAUAGCUAAGGGAGAGAGUGGCCAUGAAGUCAACACACAACAUCUAGCUAUGGGAUUGUUAGGUCCAUUGUUGAAGAAAUCGUCACCUAAGGUAGCAGAUGAGGCAGUCAUUACUAAGGAUUGGACCAGUGAAGUUGAAGGUCAAAAGUCAAUCAAAUAUCUCUUCUCGUUUGGAGCAAACUGUUUAGAAAAAUGGGGAUUAGAAUGGGCCUGUUCUGUGGCCAGAAUAUUACAGAGUUUAUACAUAUCUACUGAGUGGAAGAUGGUAAUCCAUCAACACCUUACACACUGUGUGUUAUCUAUGACAGACAAACCCGAUCUGCAGUCUAUAUUUGCACUGUUUGUUAUGGCUGGCUUCCCUGAGGUACUUACAAUAGGAACAUUGGUCCACUUUAGUCAUAUAGGAACAGAGCAAACAGGUGUGGUCCUAAAACAUUUCCCUGAUAAAUACCAAACUCUAGUCAUAGACAUCAAAACAAGGAAAAGACACACGGUAAGUUAUAUCUUAUUACCUCCCCUUGAAAAGACACACGGUAAGUUAUAUCUUAUUACCUCCCCUUGUCAUAUAGGAACAGAGCAAACAGGUGUGGUCCUAAAACAUUUCCCUGAUAAAUACCAAACUCUAGUCAUAGACAUCAAAACAAGGAAAAGACACACGAUAAAUGAUAAAUUUAUUGAUUGCCUCAGUAUGGUAACAGAAGUAUGGGAUACAGAUCACUUUAGUGUUUUUAUACAAACUGUAAAAAGUAUUACAGCCAAGAUCAAGACUGAUGAAGAUAUUUCUGUGGAGGCAGUGUGGGUGUUAUCACUAAGCCUUAAAGUCCUUAGCAACAACUUAAAAAAGUUAGGGGAGACUUAUUAUGCUACAGAACUAUUUGAAGCCAGCUUUAUUCAGUGUCUGGUGUAUUUAUCAAGUAAAGGAACAGAUUUCAGUCAGCAGUGGCUCAUUAAAGAUUUGGAGGUUCUGUCCUUGAUGUUGUAUACAGAUGGUGUGAACUCGAGUGCAAAGAAAGGAAGACACCCUUCAUUCCCAGAACCACCUUCUAUUGUCUCAUUAAAACCUAUGAAAUCCAAGGAUAAAAAGUCAGGAGAUGACAAAGAAAGUCUGUUGUCUACAUCUUCAUCUUCAAUAUCAUCUUCUCCUUCAUCGUCUGAUGAUGAUGAGAAUGUAGCAGACGACACAGAGAAUGAUGAUGUCAAUAGUAUAUUCCCUGACGCAGACGAUGAUACUAAGGGAAUGUUUAAGUUUUUCCAUGGUGAUUGUAAGGUUCCAUUAGAUGUACUUAGAGCUAUUUAUGAUAUGAAUGAUAAAAAUACUUCAGAGUGUUAUAAAGCACUCAUAGAAAAUCUGGAAAGUUCAGCAUUACAGACAAAGGAUGAGAUUAUGAAGAUGGCACUCAAAUGGGGAGGACGUCUGACUGCGUCUACACAAGAAGCACCAGUCAUCCCUACUGACUCAGAGAAACUGAUAGAUACAGGCAUCUACUAUCACCAAGUCAUACAGUCACAGAAUAAAAUCCCUGAAAAGGCAAAAGAGGAAGCAAGUUCUGAAGACACCAAGCUUAUGAAUACACCAGAUAAUGAUGUUGAAGAUGACAUACAGAAACAAAAACGUAGCAGGAGCGCUGAACUUCUCAAAAAGGAAUUGGAAAAACAAGGGAAAUCUAGCUCUAGAGAAUACCUGUAUAAAGUCAAUAUGGCAAUGGCUGUGUUGUAUGCUAGACAAGUUCUCAGAAAAUUAUUAGCACACUGGCCAGAAUCUGCUCCCGCCAUUACAGCCGAGUUAUUGGGAUGUAAACAAGUUCAUGAUAUCCCAUGUAUCCUGGACUUACUCAACAGAUCAGAAACAAAAGAUGUAUUCCAGACUGUUGUACAGAAAGUGAUUAAGUACAGUGAUAAAGAGAGCCUGAUCCCCAUAGCCUGUACAGCUGCCCAGUUUAUGGAGGAGAUCACAAUGUCAUCCUUAAUCAAACAGUUGAACACGGAUGAUUAUAAACAGAAUAAAGAUUGUGUCAAAGAUAUGAAGGAAGCUAUACAAAUCCCUGGAGCGUCAAAACUACAGAUAUCUUUUGAUAGCAAAUGCAGUUUAAGACAGAAUGAAGAUACACUGACAUUCUCAACAUCAGAUGACAUGCAACAAAAUUCUAAGACAUUUUCAGGAGAUUCAUCCAACUUUAUUAACUUUGAAUUUCAAGGUGACAAGUUAUGGUAUAAAUUUUCUAUAAAGAAAUCACCAUCUGAGACAUCAAACUGGGGAUACAAGUUUAGUGUGACCGCUGGCUCUAUACUGACCAGGGACAGCUUUGAAACAGGAUAUGCUAUUCUAAAUAAUGUCCUUUCAACCAAGUUGGCCUUAGCCUUGCCUUUAUGCAGAUUGUGGCAUACCUUAGUAUAUGUUGCCAUUAAACAGACAGGAGAAAACAGACUGAAAUCUAUACAACUGAUGCUGAAGAUAAUACACACUCAACAUAGAUCAUCAGCUGAGAGUUUAUCUAUAGAUCUGAGUUUGUUAAAACCACUGUGGAAUUUAUAUAAUGGUAUAACUAAAGAUGGUUCUGAUACAAAGACAUUGGUUCCCCCACUAGCCAGAGCUCUGACAGAACUCUUCUUACAAGUGGAAAACUUAGCUAUGGAAUGGGAUGCUGUUAUUGAAUACUUAGUGGCAUUACAGGACAUGGAGGAUAUCAAGAAAAUUGUUAAACAGGGCAUUUUAAAUGUUGCUGCUGUGAGUGUCAGUAUAGGUUAUACAAACAUAGCUACAGAAAUUAUUAGUGCUGUCAGAAAGAAGAAAGCUACGAAAACAACAAAAAAUUAAAACUUAAUCUUCAGAUACUAUGUGUUAUUAGAGAGAGAUUAAAACUUAAUCUUCAGAUACUAUGUGUUAUUAGAGAGAGAUUAAAACUUAAUCUUCAGAUACUAUGUGUUGUUAGAGAGAGAUUUAAAACUUAAUCUUCAGAUACUAUGUGUUGUUAGAGAGAGAAAAGGUUACCUAUAGACACAAUAUAGCACACUUAUUUAUUUUUAAACCAACCUACUAAGUAGCUGAGGUACCAGUUUAAAUACAAUCAGAUGUUUACUGCAUUCACGUAAUAUUUGCUUGAAAUUAUGAUAUAUCUACAAGGCAGUAUCUGUAUCAGUAAUUUUUUUUUUAAUUUUAGUUGUUGUUUCACUAAUAAUGUUUAAAUAUGCUGUUGUUUUAAGAAU